GGGCCUUGCUGGCGGCUUCUUGGUUGAACAUGGUGUUGUAUACGUCCCAACUCGCUUUGAGUAUCUAUUGUUUAAGCCAUUUUUCAACGGCGAUGCGGCUGUACUAUUGGAUCUGGACAUCCUUGUUUCUCGAUGGGGCUUGUUCGAUUAUCGUGAUGGCUAACGUUUAUACUUAUUUGAUUAUCAAUGACGGUUCAAUUUACCCGAUAUCGAUAUGGAUGCUCCCUACGAUUAUCCUGCUCACAUAUACAUCAGCCUCAAUCGCGCAGGCGUUCUUUUGCUAUCGAUAUUGGACGGUCGCAAGAAAUAGAUGGAUCACAGGAUGGAUUAUCAUCCUUAUCACUGCACAUAUGCUCUGCUCCCUCGCCUCAUGCCUGGUUUUCAUCACCCACCCCACGCACAUCUCGACUGCAAUCCCACUUACGAUCGCGAGCUCCGCUGUAUGUGCGAUAACAGACUUGACAAUCGCAGGGUCUCUGGCGUGGACACUAUCCCGCAUACAAUCACCCUGUCCGAUUACGAGAAAUCUCCUGCGCCGCGUCAUGAUCCACGCCUUGACUUGUGGGUUCACGACAGCCUUUUCCACGACACUGAUGUCUAUCUUGAUGUUCACCGCCUGGAAUGCUUUCUAUACCAUCUUCGCCAUACUCGGGCGCAUCUACAGCCUGACGAUUUUGUUCAAUCUUAUUUUACUCAAGGCCUCGAGUCACAAUGAGGAAAGCGAUGACGGUUCGGAACCCCAGACAAUUCUUAGCCCGAUAUGUGAGUUCUUUUGUCACGGCUCGCUGCCAAGUUGAGGCCUUGAUGAAUCAAAAACGCUGCAGACUUUAAGCAUAAUGCGGAUACGAUUUCCAUU